AUGGGUGAAGGUGGAAUUCAACUGGACGAAAGCCGCAGCCGUCGGAGCGCCUCGGUGCUCCAAUUUUCACCUGCCAAUGUGACUCAUUCACCCCUUCCCCCGCCCGCUUCUCGUUCUCUCGCCGCCAACAUUACUCUGGACCGGCAUGGCAAAAACAACCCCUUCGCCCACUUUCCACCUGGCUUUUUACCCCUUCCCGCGCCGGACUACUGGCGAUCCCCCACGGGGGCGAAGUACACGGUCCUGCCUUCGUGGCGCGCGGCCGGAUCCAGUCGCAGUUCGAACCUCGAGGAAGACCGAGCGUGCGAGAGCCCCACCGUAAUCCUGGACCAAGUAAACGGACAACUCGGAGGAUCAUGCCGGGAUCCUCUGGCGUGCAAGCGUCAGGAGCAGCAGAAGCCAUUGAAGGAGCUGAGCGACAAUGUCGUCGUUGCCGAAGUCUACAACGAGACGCGCAAAGGACUUCCCCUUCUUCAAGUAUGGCCUAGCGACUCGCCCCGAGCCGACUCCGAUGAACAGGGUCAGGUUUUUGUGUUCCCUGACACGCAGGAGAACAUCAACGAUAGCGGUAUUGAAUCUACUCAGGCGUCGCCGUCACCAUGCGGUGUCAUCUGCAAUAGUCCGUUAACGACGCCGCUGCAGUCGCGUCGCACCAGCCUGCUGCAUCCGGAUGACGCGCGAUUGCACCUCCCUUACCUGCACCACAACCAUCAUAACAUAGGAUUAAGGAGUCCGCCGUCGCCGGACAGAACGUCCGUGGACGAGGAUCAAGAGGGUCGGCCGCCAAGUCCUUCCAACUCGACCACCAGCAGCCUGCGAUCGAUGCCGAGUUCGGCGAUUGUAUCGAUUCAGCAGGAUCUUCAGGACAGGAGACGUAGCAGCGGGUACAGCACGUUCGACGCACUGGACCUGGAGUACGCUUUGCUGAGGGCGGCGGCUCGCGGCUCCGUGGGACCAUACUCUUUGUCAGAGUCCCUUCACAAGCUGACCUUUACUCAGAGCUUGGCCUUUCCCGCCCUGGCGCGUAGCCUCGCCGCUAAGCAGAGUAUGUCAACCAGAUCGCAGCAGCCAACCGAGAGCGGGCUGAACACCAUCGCGAAGGUGGUGACCGCAAUGGUGCUAAUGUUGGUGAGCAUAUUGGUGUUCGGUGUGGUCUACAAGUUCACGAAGACGUGAGGGUGGCUGCUGGCACCCGGCCGGGGUGCCACGACGCCGGAUAACAAUCAUCUGGAUGCCAGCGACGCCUUUAACGGCGACGGCUGAUGAGGCCUGAGGUCUGAUCUGGGUUAAUCGCGCGAGGAGGAAAAGGAUUGCAGUGUUGCAGGAGACGCCGAACGCUGUACGAAGCAGUCUGCGUUCGGAAUCAGCGUACAGAUCAAGCAUUUGUGAAAGAUUGAUGCGAGAAUGGGAGAAUGAAUGAUCUGCAUAGCAUUCGAUACACGACUCCAAGUCGGCGGGCAAAAGCGGUUUUAUUGGGUUUUAUUGUCUUUACUGUGUAACAAUGUGUGUGCGUGUGUGCGUGUGUUUAAGUAUUCAUAAAAUAUGUAAAGUUUUAGCAAAGGUGACAUUGCGUGUCGUAAGAAGACAUGAUAAUGAAAAGCGUAAUAAUAUUAUGACGAGGCACUCGUAACGACGAUUUGCUCGAUCGAGAAGAGGCAAAUCAAAUGGCGUAUAUGUGUGCACAUUUCGACUUCGAGAAUAAUUCUACCUUGCUCUUUGAUAUACGUGCAUAAACAAUAUCAGGUGCCGGCAAAAAAUUUCAAUGUGGAGAUACGUGUGUGUGUUCGAUGUAAAAUAGAGAAGUCAUAAUCUAGAAAAAGCGGAUAUAUCUAGAAGAAAGAAAACAUGUACGUCUGUUUGCUAAGAAUCUUAUCGAGUCUAUUUCUUGAGAAAAAAAAAUCAUUGUAUACUAAACAAGAACGCACUCGUCUGGAUGAAAUCUCGGCGAGUGUACUCGGUUUAAAGUGUCUCGAUAAUGAAUACAAAUUUAUGCCGUGGACUCUAAUGUCGCCGUUGUAAGGAGGUUUUCCGGUACAUUACUUUCCACAAUAUUUCAAGUUACGAGGACUCUUUAAAAUAUUCCUCGACGAUCUUUGAUAUUCUUCAACGAGUUUCGUCGCAUUGAAGUGGGUGGUAAACUGAUGGAGCGAGUCUCAAUCGAUAAAAAGUUGGAUAACGCUUUUGCGACAACGAGAGAACGAUUUCCAGAUUGAAACAUUUGUCUUUGCGAACUAUCUAUUCUGCUUGGCGACGUUCGAGUGAUGCACUUUGCGCAGUUGGACGAACACUCGAAGCUACAAUUGCAAUCGCAGUUCGAAUGCGGAUUAUCGCGCGAAAUGAUAUCUCCGAUCGAGAAGUUGCAAAUUACACAAUCGCCAUAUUUUUGAGAUUGAAGCGUUUCGGAUUUUAAUACCAAUUUCACCUGAUUAACUUCACUCCGUGAAUUUUUAAUUAAUCUUUUCUCAAGCUUUCACUCUCGAUAAAUCUACUCCCAUCUAAUUUGGAGCAAUUAAAAAAAAUAAUUCAUGAGGGAAUGUUUUGGCAAAAAAUUUCCAGCCGCUAACCACUUCCCUGCCCGAGUAUAUUCGGGCAGUAUCAUAAAAAAUAGUAACAAAAAAAAACCCGAUAUUUUUUGAACUCUCUUUGACAAAAUAAUUUGACAGAGAAGUGGUUAAUAAACUUGAACACUGAAACCGAUCGACUUCCACCGGUCAGUCUACGUUUGCUUUGCAGUGCCUUGUCCGCGCACAAAGUCGCCAUCUCACACGGACGUUGCAUGCGAACGCGUAAUCUCGUAAUUAUUUUUGAGAACUUUGUGACUGUCCAAGUGCUUUACACAACUUCUUUCCGUGACAAUCGGCCGGGAGACGCUCGCUCCCGGCAAUAUUAAAUUUAUAAUGUUAAGCGACCCGCUGUGGUAUGGUCGGCCUCCGACCGGAAACGACGGACUGCGGUAGGAUAAGCGGCUUCCGACGGUGAAAGAUUAAUCGAAAGACAGUUUAUCAUCUACGUUCUGUCUAAAAACACGUCGAGGCUUGAAACUAAAUCGAAGUCUGGUGAUGCGCGCGCGCGCGACACCUGAUAGUUUUUUCAUACUAGCUGUUGAUCAACGCAACGUUGAGACUAUCAUAUAUUUUUAUAAAAUCUCAUAUCGAUCGUUACGUCAGUAAAUAAGUAAAAAUAAACUCGACUCGUUUGAUAUACACACCUUCCUAUUAAAGAAUUUUCUAAAGGAUACAAUUUAUUUUUGCUAGACUCCCCCCCCCCCGCCCAGGAUUGCUUUCGAUUUCGUUUUAAGCCCACGAAGCGCCCAGAAAAGCAUCUUUGAGCGUGUUUCGUACAGCCUAGUCGUUUGUUUUAUAUAUAAUAAAAAGAAAUAUAUAUAUAUAUACACGUAUAAACAAUUACAUAUAUACUGUAUGUAUUUAUGAUCGUUAUGAAGGCGUAUCUUCGUUAUUUUGAUGUUGUGCUCUGUACGAAGCAACGAAAUUUCUAAAAAUAAUCUAAGACGCGUCACAAAACUGCUUUUUUUUAACUAUCGUAUUGUAUAAUGUAUGACAUAUGUAUGACGCUUCAACGCGUUGCAUUACAGUGUGUAAGGGAAAGAAAUUUCUUUCUUUGCUCUCUUUGUGUGAUAAGCGACAAAUUUCAGACAAAUCUCGUAUGGUGAUAUUUUCGUGAACGUUGAACGGAACCAAAAUAUUGGUAGAAGAAUUGUACGAGACGUAUACUGCCGUAAGUUUUGCCGUGAUCAAAUCAAGAAAUCAAGAACAGAAAUUGUGUUUUUCUUGCGGUAGAAUUUAUAUCGACAGAGUUUGUUCUUUUUUUCUCUCUCUCUGCUAUCUUCGCAUUUUGACUCUAGGAAACCUAAACUUGCUUAUUUCUACACACCACUCAAAGAGAAGAUAAAUAAAACUAUUUCUUUCAGCUGCAGUCUUCCUACGCGAGAGUAAGUGUACGUCAUACUCUCUGAGAAAAAAAAUGGGAAAAGGGAAAAGAGGAGAAGCGGAAAUGUGUGAAAAGGGCAGCUGUGAAGAGUUGACCUAAAUUUGCCUUGUAGUCUUUAUCGACUGUAGCAUCGAUCUGCAUAGCGAUAGUAAAGCAAAACGGGAGUGAAUAUUCUUUAAUAUCCUUUUGGUUUAUCUUCUCUGUGUGAUUGGAUGUGGAUUGAAAGAAUCUUCAAAAAAUGUGGGACGUAAUAUGUGUAAAUUAAAUGUAAAAAUGAGUGUUUCACAUCCAGCUUUGUAUGAUAUUUCUGAAUUUUCGAUCAGUGGUAUACGUUUCUAUGAUACUUACAGUAUUUUGUUGAGAUCCUCUCGCGUCCCAUCGAGUAUCAGUCGUGGAAAAAGUGGGUCAAUUCGACGUAAAAUUGUCGCGCGUUGAAUUCAAUCGUGCCAAUGUGGAUCCGUAAUCGUAUCAAAGCGUUUCCUGAUUCUAGUCAUCUAUGCCAUAUUACAUAGUGCUUGUGAACGUUGUAACUCGGUCGUCCCGUCUCUCACGGUAAAUUACUUUCCUUUCUUCCAUCGAAACAAAAGGAGGAACAAUAAAAGAACUAUUACCAGCC